AGUGUCCUGCCAAGAGUCCUCCCUGACCAUCAGAAGUUCCAUCUGACCAUCAAGAAAGGCCCUGGUCCAGGAUGUACAAGGUGGGAUGAAGUCACAGGGCUGGAGAAGGUCAGCCCGGGGUCACAAGAAGCCUGAUGGUCAGGAAAGAGCAUGAAAGCCCCAGCCAGCCUCACCUGUGUGGCUGGGAGGACUCACAGAAACCCUCUGGACCCAGUCAUGGGCCAAAGACACCAUCAUGCAAGGGGGCGAAGGCUCCACACCCAUCCGUGUCCCAGGCGUGGAAGCAGGACCGUGAGCAGUCUCUGGCAGCAGCCUAUGUGCCGGUCGUGGUGGACUCUAAGGGGCAGAAUCCAGACAAGCUCAGGUUCAAUUUCUACACCUCCCAGUACUCCAACUCCCUGAACCCCUUCUACACCUUGCAGAAGCCUACCUGUGGCUACCUGUACCGUCGGGACACUGACCACACCCGCAAGCGCUUUGAUGUGCCUCCUGCCAACUCGGUCUUGUGGCGCUCCCAGGCCUGAGCCAACCAGAAGCCCCUCACCCUUCACCCUCACCCCUGUGACCUCAGGUCCCCAAGGGGAAGGGCUGCUUACUGCAGGAGGAGUGACCUGUAUCAGGCUGAGACAGCUGUGCCAUGCCCACCUAUCAACAAUGAUAAAAGGAGGUCUCUCUUCUCAGCAGCAGUUCAAGUUUGUCCUUCUUUUCCCUGGCAUCUGAAUGGUUGGCUGUGAGUGGGUAAACAGGCCAUGGGGAUGUUAUACUGUAAGGUUAUGUC